AUGUUUGCUGCCCAAACCAGCAAAGUUAACGCUUUUCCCCUGCCCGACGGCUACUUCCCAAAUGUCCAGCUAUCUAAACUCGAGGUCCUCCAACUGGAAGAGAAGAUGGCGCUUGCGGUGAAGAACGCGCUGGCCGACUACGACGUGCACGAGGCCAUGGGCUCGAACCCUAUGUAUGGCUCGGGCUGGAAGACGCUGGGCAAAGUCGGCGACCUCACCACCGUCCGACAGAAUGGCAACGCAGCUCUAUGCCAAUGCCGCAUCUUCGGCCGCCUCAGCGGGGACUACCGCAAUUUCAUCAACUUUUUCUAUGCUGAAACCUCAAACCAGCUCUACGCCUGGAACCAGUUCAUGUAUGGCAACGCCGUGGACGCCGCUAUCUUGAAAAAUAUCCACACUAGUGCGUCAGGUAAGCCGCACCUGUAUCUCGGUAUCAAGUGGACAUGCCUGCAGCCAUUUGCGCUUGUCAAGAAGCGUGAUACGUGCUACCUCGAAUACAUGGCUUUCACAAAGGACUUGCGCGGUCGUGACGUCGGGGUGCGAGUGAAUAUGCCACUCACUCUACCCGAGUGUCCACCUUUACCUGCCAAGAUGAAGACGAAGCGAAUGCAGAUGCUCAUCGUCUCCAUUGUACGACCGACCGAGGGAGAUCCAAGCUCAACGGAGCUGUUUUUGAUGAGCCAAAACGACUUUGUAGGAUUCGCCGUCCCUGGGUUCUACUUCAAGAGACUUAUGUCUAAGAUGAACGGCAUGGCCUUGUGGGUCGACGCGAAGCUCAUUUCGGUUCAUGGCAUCAUGAAGCGGACUUGCUGGGUGGAAAAUAAGUCACGCUCCGAGUGCCGCCUCUGUUCACGCGAUUUCACUCAUACUCGCCGUCGUCAGCACUGUCGGCUGUGCGGUGAAGUGUUCUGUCGGCAAUGUUUGGUCUACCGUGGCGCACGGGAAGGAGGCGAAGACGACGACAGCGCACAGAAAACUUUCAAUGUCGUGCAGACAAAAUUCUGCCGUGUAUGUGUGGCUAAAGUGCGGGACUUGGACGUGACGUUGCUCGCGCCAGGGACGCACGGCAAGAUCGAUGACAAACCGGCAGUGCUGAGCAUGUUCGCAGACUCCGGAGCGCCAACAAAACCUGACGAUGACGAGCGCAGCGAUCUUGUAGAGAAGAACCAAAAACCCAUGGGCGUCGACAUGUCGAACCUCAUGUCCGCGUCUCAAAUGAUGCGGGGGAUCAACGCUGGAGCUAUCUUCGACGAAGACGGACAGCAAACCAACAGCUCGGGCAAGUUAGCAUCUACACGCACAAUCGACCAAUGCAUUGCCGAGCAGGAAGAUCUCUUGAGGAGACUGAUGCUGGCAGCUCAAGACAGACCACAGCCGUAG